GACCCUCCCUCCCUCUCUCUCUUCUUCUCCUCCUCUUUCACAAUCUCUCAUGUCUCACUCUGCUGUCGUAGAGGCUGCAGACUGCACGCACUCAGUGAGUCCAUCUAUUUCUCUCUCUCUCUCUGUCCUGCUGUCUCACUCAGCAUUUCAGGAACAGAAGCUGACUCUUCUGCACUCUUCUCUGCAUGACUGUCACAAAGAUGUCAUGGCGGCCGACCUACCGGAGCUCCAAGUUUCGAAACGUCUAUGGCAAAGUGGCGAACCGAGAGCACUGCUUCGAGGGCAUCCCAAUCACAAAGAACGUCCAUGACAACCAUUUCUGUGCGGUCAACGCCAAGUUCCUCGCCAUAGUAACGGAGAGUGCGGGAGGAGGAUCUUUCGUUGUGAUCCCGGUCACUCAGUUUGGCCGUAUCGACCCUCACUAUCCAAAGGUCUGUGGUCACCAAGGCAAAGUGCUGGACAUCAAAUGGAAUCCUUUCCAUGACAACAUAAUCGCGUCUUGUUCAGAGGACUCUUCUGUACGAAUAUGGGAGAUUCCUGAUGAAGGACUGAGAAGGAAUUUGACAGAGCCUGUAUUAGAACUGUAUGGUCACAGCAGACGCGUGGGCCUCAUAGAGUGGCACCCAACCACUAGUGGGAUUCUCUUCAGUGCUGGCUAUGACUACAAGAUCCUGAUUUGGAAUCUGGAGAUUGGGGAGCCGGUGAAAAUGAUUGAUUGCCACACAGACGUGGUCCUCUGUAUGUCAUUUAACACAGAGGGGAGUCUGCUGGCCACCAGCUGCAAGGACAAGAAGCUCCGCGUCAUUGAGCCCCGCUCUGGCAAAGUGCUACAGGAGGCAAACUUUAAAAACCACAAAGUGAACCGUGUUGUGUUCCUAGGCAACAUGAAACGACUCCUAACGACAGGUGUGUCUCGCUGGAACACACGCCAGAUUGCUCUCUGGGACCAGGAGGAUCUGUCCAUGCCGAUCAUUGAAGAGGAGAUUGACGGCCUGUCAGGACUGCUUUUUCCAUUCUAUGAUGCAGACACACAUAUGCUCUACUUAGCAGGCAAGGGUGAUGGGAACAUCCGGUACUAUGAGAUCACACUGGAGAAGCCCUACCUGCAGUAUCUCAUGGAGUUCAGGUCCCCUGCACCACAGAAAGGCCUCGGAGUGAUGCCGAAGCAUGGACUAGACGUAGGAGCGUGUGAAGUCUUCAGGUUUUAUAAGUUGGUGACUCUAAAGGGCCUGAUUGAGCCAAUCUCUAUGAUCGUACCUAGGAGGUCUGAAACCUAUCAGGAGGACAUAUAUCCCAUGACUCCCGGGGCAGAACCUGCUCUGUCUGCUGAUGAGUGGCUCAGUGGAAUCAACCGAGGUCCGGUGCUUAUGUCCUUAAAAGAGGGCUACAACAGACCCAACAAGCUGGUGUUCAAGGCCCCAGUGAAGGAGAAGAAGGGUGGAGUGGUCAAUGGGAUUGACCUGCUAGAAAACGUGCCUCCCCGUACAGAGAAUGAGCUCUUGCGGAUGUUCUUCAGGCAGCAGGAAGAGUUGCGCCGACUGAAGGAUGAACUUGCGCAGAAGGACAUUAAGAUCAGACAGCUUGAGCUGGAGCUCAAUAACUUAAGGAACAGCCCAAACAUCAACAACAAUAACAACAGCAACAGCAGCAAUGGUAGCAGCAUUUGACGUGGGAUCUGUGCUGUUUCUGUUG